UUUUAAUCUGCGGAGUUUGAAUUCUGGGAUACGUCAAGGGCGUGUUUACGUCCCAAGCAUGACGCAACCCCCAACUCAAGAAAAGCUAACACGUAUCGCCAUCGUCAGCAGUGACAAAUGCAAACCGAAAAAGUGUCGUCAAGAGUGUAAAAGAUCAUGUCCUGUUGUGCGCAUGGGUAAACGAUUGUUGUGGUAAUGUAAUUCUUGAAGGUAAACUGUGCAUUGAGGUCACACCAAACGACAAGAUCGCAUUUUUAUCAGAAGAAUUGUGCAUCGGGUGCGGCAUUUGUAGCAAAAAAUGCCCUUUUGAAGCCAUCUCUAUUAUAAAUCUUCCUAGUAAUUUGGAAAAGGAGGUUACCCAUCGUUAUGGUCCGAACUCAUUUAAGCUACAUCGUCUGCCUAUGCCGCGCCCCGGUGAGGUUCUGGGAUUAGUUGGAACCAACGGUAUCGGAAAGUCCAGUGCUUUAAAAAUACUUGCCGGUAAACUUAAACCCAAUCUUGGCCGGUUCAAGAAUCCACCGGAUUGGACUGAAAUAUUAACGUAUUUCCGUGGUUCGGAACUACAGAAUUAUUUCACAAAAAUCUUAGAGGACAAUUUGAAAGCUGUUAUUAAGCCACAAUAUGUUGAUCAAAUCCCUAAAAUCGUAUCUGGUGAGGUUAAAACCUUACUUAAUCGAAAGGACGAUAGAGGCAACCAAGAUCACGUUUUAGAAAUGCUUGAUCUUCAAGUAGUCACUGAACGUAUGGUAGGCGAUCUAUCUGGUGGUGAACUUCAAAGAUUUGCUUGUGGAAUGGUUUGUGUCCAAAAAGCUGAUAUAUAUAUGUUUGAUGAGCCUAGUUCUUACCUGGAUGUCAAGCAGCGUUUAAAAACAGCUAUAGCUAUACGUGAACUACUGGAGGGUACAAAUUAUGUUAUUGUUGUGGAGCAUGAUUUAUCUGUUUUGGAUUACUUGUCUGACUUCAUAUGCUGUCUUUAUGGUGUCCCAGGUGCUUAUGGGGUAGUCACUAUGCCUUUUUCCGUUCGUGAAGGAAUAAAUAUAUUUUUGGAUGGUGUGGUCCCUACGGAAAAUUUGCGUUUUCGAGAAACACCACUGGUUUUCAAGGUGUCCGAAACCGGUAAUGAAGAAGAAUUAAAACGUACAGCUCGUUACGAUUAUCCAACCAUGUAUAAAAGUUUGGGUUCAUUCGAAUUGACAGUGGAGGCUGGAUCAUUUACUGAUUCUGAAAUUAUUGUAAUGCUUGGUGAGAAUGGCACUGGUAAAACUACAUUUAUUCGCAUGUUGGCUGGUAAUCUGAAACCUGAUGGUGAUGAAAAGUGUCCAGUUUUACAUGUAUCAUAUAAACCGCAAAAAAUUAGUCCAAAAUCAGAGAAAACAGUCCAAAAUUUACUUUUGGAAAAAAUCCGUGAUUCAUUUACACAUCCACAAUUUUCAACAGAUGUGCUUAAGCCAUUACAAAUGGAACGACUUUAUGAUCAGCAAGUAAUGAACUUAUCUGGUGGUGAAUUGCAACGACUAGCUAUUACAUUGUGCCUUGGCCAACCAGCUGAUGUUUAUCUAAUUGAUGAGCCAUCAGCUUAUUUAGAUUCAGAACAGCGUUUACAUGCCGCAAAAGUUAUUAAACGAUUUAUACUGCAUGCUAAAAAGACAGCUUUUGUUGUAGAACAUGAUUUUAUUAUGGCAACAUAUUUAGCCGAUCGAGUUGUUGUAUUUGACGGUCAACCUGGUGUUAAGGCUACAGCAACAACUCCACAAAAUUUAGUUACUGGUAUGAAUAAAUUUUUACAAUCACUUGACAUAACAUUUCGACGCGAUCCAACCAAUGCUAGACCAAGAAUCAACAAGUUGAAUUCGGUCAAAGAUGUUGAACAGAAAAGGAGCGGCAAUUAUUUCUUUCUUGGAGAUUAAAUUUUGUUUAUAGACCUGCCUAUCUUCUCACUUGCAAGUUUUUCAACAAUGCCUGUUGGGUUUUGCUUUUCUGUCAGAAGUCUGUGUAUAUGGUUGGUGUAAUAUGUGUGAUGAUUUAAUUUCUCUGACUAAUCACUUGCCUAUUUAUUGACUGACUAGGUUAUUAAUAUAUGAUACAAUUGUUGGAACAAAGCUUUUUUCAACUCAAAUCUUGUCUUGAGAAGGGCUCUUUUCGGAAAUAUUGAAGUGAGUCUUAAUUUGUUACAUCAAUUUUAGAACUAUCAGUCACUUAGUUAAAUGGGAAGUGAAACCUGGCAUAUACGUUUAUUAGUUCAAGUUACCACAUCAUAUUAGAUUAUCGGGAUGAAAUAGUCAGCGCAGACCCCAGAGUAUUAAUAGUAUUAGUAAUAAUAAGAAAGACUAAAGAUAUACCAUGUGACUCCAAAAGAGUAAAUUGUUGGAAUAAAAAGUAUAGGAUCAUUUCGGAACUUAGAAUCGAGGGGAAUACAGAGUAAAUGGGUCUGUACCAUCAUUACCAAUUCUGAACUAUGUUAUCCGACGUUUUCAACCACUGUCAAAGAUAAUCGCCCAGACUCCAACCAGCUAGUUUGCACCUACACGGCUUAAUCUAACAGUGAGUUCAUGAGGUGAUGAUACGUUUUGUUUUGGUUUCUUCGAACGUUCAGUUAACGUCGUCUAUUGACGUGGUGUUUGAGAAGACACGAUACAUGUCCAACCCACUUCAAUCGAUGAAGAUUCACUACCUCAUCAAACAAGUGUGAUAUCUGAAUUAUUAAAACCAUAGAUCGAGAUACCCCUAUCAUAAUAGAUUGUGACGAAUCAUGGAUGCGUGGGAUAAGUAUUCUCUUUAGUUUUAUGAAAUUAGUUAAUUGACUCUUCCUUUUCAUCAAUAUUUUUAUUUAGAACAAUAUUGUUUUCGAUUAGAUCCUAGUCGAAAACAACGUUGUUCGCUUAUAUAUGUUGUUCUAAAUUUACAAUACGGGAAUAUUCCAAAUAUUCUUAUUGCCAAUAAGUUCUCGAAAUUAUGUAAGAUUCGUUUUGUUCAUUAAGACUAAAUUAGUUAAAAGAAAUCUACAUUUGUUUAUCAUCUAACCCCAAAGUCUCUCAACUACAUGUUAUUAUCUGCCGACAUAUCUAAACUGAAAGUUAAGACGCUUUGGUAACUGAGUGGUAACUUUAACAGUAAAUUCCUAAAUAAUUGAUUAUUUGAAACGUGUUUUACUAUAUACGGAUUAACAAAUUGGAGACUUAAUAAAAACGUACUACGAAAAGCAUUGUGAUAAUCCCUCCAUGGAGCUUAAAAAACAAAAGUUAUAGACUAUUAAUAAUAACCAAAGCACACUAUUCAAGUGGAUAUACCUUUGAUCAUUACAACUUAGAACCAUGUCAACUUGUGUUACUCACAGACGAUUAAUCUCAACCAGAUUAAUUGAUAUGGUGAUUAAGACUAGGAGAUAC